AUGAAUGCCCGGAGCACCAUUUUCAAUAUCCCGCCAAAGUCAUGAUAAACGAAAUUAGCUACGGUUGUCCUGCUGGAGAUGAGAGUGAUGGAAGCAACGACGACUGGGACAUUGGAUUUUCAAAACCGUGCGCUGAGCAGGACUCUGAAGCCCAUUUGAAUGGAGAUGACAAAGUGUCCACCCUGAAAAGAGCCAUUACUGCAGGAAAUGUCGAGCUUGUGCAAGAGCUCCUGGACGGUGGUAUGGACGUAGAGACGCGGCUUGGCUUCGGCUGGACUCCUCUCAUGUGCGCUGUCCAUGUGGCCCACAACGAGCUCGCGCAACUCCUGCUGGAUCGUGGCGCAAGUGCAAACUUCAGUAGAGACAGCUUUACAGUUCUGAUGGCUGCUUGCAGUGCAACAUCUGUCUCAGAAGAGAAGAUCGCCCAGUGUGUGGCCUUACUGCUCAGUCGCAAUGCUGACCCAAAUGUGUGCAACAGGAGCAGUUUGACGUGCUUGAUGCUGGCCGCCAGAGACGGCUAUUGUCAGGUGAUUAAUUUGCUGGUGUCACAUGGAGCAGAGGUUAACUUUCAUAAUGACAAUGGACAUACGGCCCUUAUAAUAGCAGUGCAGUACGGACAUGAAGAGGCCGUGUUGAAACUGCUCCAACUAGGAGCUGAUAGGUCUCUCAAAACCAAAACGGGGAAGACGGCAGCUGACAUGGCCAAAUUAUUCAAGAAGACUGAGAUGUCCAGGAUUCUUAGCACCACAGAACCUUAUGCUGUAAAUAACCAUGCAUCGUCCAAAGCUGAGGUGCUGUGUAAAUAUCUCAAUCAAAAUCUUAACCUUCCAUCUUCCUACAAAGAGAGUUGCUCUAAGAUCAGUGAUAUUCAACUUUUGCUGCAUGGUCUGAAUCUGGACCAUCUUUCUGAUGUUAUGAUGGAACAUGACAUCAGUUGGAGCGACCUGUUUAUUAUGGAAAAGCAGGAUUUGGAAAAGAUUGGAGUAACUGACCCUGAGGAUCAAAAGAAGAUUUUCGGUGCCAUUGAGCAGAUGAAUCUUGAUAAAGUAGAUCUGGACAUGCUGACACCUCUUAAUAAUAUAGACAGCGGGAGUGAGGAGUUUCUGAACUUUCUGAUCAGCCUGAAGCAGCAGUGUUGUUAUUUGACAGAAACAGUACAGGAUGUCAUCAGCAGGUUCCCCCGUAGUGCCUCUGAGGUGGUUCUUACAUGUGAUCCCAAGAAAGAGGCUCAAGCCAUUUGCACCGACGUAAUAACUCAGACGGGAGACCUCCAGAAAGAGAUGGCCUGUCUUAAGACCCUGCUCACCAAGACUGAUCACACAUGCGUCUUGCAGCCUCGUCAUCCUAACUCCAAUAUUGGUAAAAGAGGAAAGGGCCGAGGGGGGUUUGCUGUUGUGCUUGGACUUGGAUUGAUCGGUGCAGGUCUACUGAUUGUGUUUUCACAAUCUAAAACUUUGAAAAACUAUUUCUGAUCUUUUUAUUUAUUUCAGUGUUGAUUGUACUUUAAGUUGUUUCUUAAGUGUUUGUUAUUAAUUAUCUUGUGUUCUGCCUUUGUUUGUGUAACGAUAACACUUUCAGUUGUGCACAUGUAGACCGUUAUUCAAGAAAGUGUUAAAUGUUUAUUUGGUUUUUGAAGACAAUGUAC